AUGAGUGUAAAAAAGUCUCCCGAAGAACUGAAGAGCAUUUUUGAAAAAUACGCAGCCAAAGAAGGUGACCCAGACCAGCUGUCAAAGGCGGAGCUGAAGCUACUGAUUGAGGCAGAAUUUCCUACUUUACUGAAA